AUGAGUGAUGAAGAGUUGACUUAUAUACCUAAGACGGAAAGAGAGAAACCUUCCCCACCACCAAAGCGAGAAAAGUCUUUUGAAUCUUUACCUUCGAAAGUCCCGAUGACUUCUAAGGAUUUUAAUAAUACUUUAACUAAAGAAGAACAAGCGGAGAUUAUCCAACAAUAUCGAGGCGGAAUAAAACCAUUGAAGAAGCUUCAAAAACCAAGUGAAAAAUUCAAAAUUCCAAGUCUUCGGGAGUUGCUGACAGUAAAACCGGAGGACGACACCACAAACGAUCCAAAUGAAAUGUACAACACACCAAUAUCAUACACGCCCUUGUUCGGAAGAGGUACAUUUGGAGGUGAUUUUGUGGGUCACAUGCCAAAGUCGAAAAAGAGUUCCCGAAGCUCAACCCACACUGACAAUGAAAUGAACAUCAUUACAAAAAGCCUCGAGGAAAUGACAGAAAAUGACUGGCGUAUUGUCAGAGAAAAUAUCUCUCUUUCAGUGAGUGGAGGCGAGGUCGUGCGGCCUCUCCGAAAGUGGAGCGAUGUCACUUUCCUCCCGGAAAUACAAGCCACACUCUCGAAGUUGAAUUACAGCGAACCAACUCCCGUGCAAGCCGCGACGAUACCAAUUGCGUUAAACAUGAGAGACAUCAUUGGUUUGGCAGAGACUGGAACGGGUAAAACGGCGGCCUAUGUCAUUCCUCUUGUGUCUUUCAUAUCGAAGCUGCCAAGACUCACACGCGAAACUGCGUGUAGGGGGCCUUACGGAUUGGUUUUAGCACCAACGCGUGAAUUAGCAAAACAAAUUGACGACGAAAUAAAGAAGUUCAGUGAGGGGUUAAAAAUACGGGUGUUGUGUUGUAUUGGUGGGGAGGAGAUUGACGAGCAAAUCAAAGCGAUAGAAGAGGGCGUCGAGGUGUUAGUUGGUGCGCCCGGAAGAAUAAGGGACUUACUCAGACAAAUGUACCUAGUAUUAGGACAGUGUUAUUACUGCGUAUUAGACGAGGCAGAUAAGAUGAUUGACAUGGGUCUUGAUGUGCAAGUCCGAGAGAUUUUUAACGAGAUGCCUCCGCUCAAGAGUGGGAGUGACGAAGAGAUGAAAAGGGAUGAAUUAAACAGUUUAAAUGGGAAACCGGAGAAGCGAACGACACUCAUGUUUUCUGCAACUAUGCCAGCAAACCUUGAGAAACUGACUGGAGAGUACAUCAGAAGAGGAAUUAAAAUAUCUGUAGGGCGAAAGGGUGUUGCAGAUAAAGUAAGGCAACGGGUUAUGUGGGUCGAAGAAGAAAAGAAAGGGGUAUCAUUACUUAAAUUGGUCGAGACUAUCGUUGGAAAAGUCAUUGUCUUUGCAAACAAAAAGACUUCGGUUGAUGAGGUUGUUGCUUACUUGGAGGAAAAAAAGGUUAAGGCAUGUGGGAUACACGGAGGGAUGAGACAAGACGAGAGAACAAAGGCACUUGAAACCUUCAAAAAAGGGAACGUGACUGUGUUAGUGGCAACAAGUGUAUUGUCAAGAGGAAUCGACAUAGAAUCCGUUGACAACGUUAUUAACUACGACUCACCAAACAACUUCGAGCGAUUAUACACAUCGUGUUGGUCGACACGGGAAGAGCC